CACAGCAGCAUCAUGGUGGAUGUAGGCAAGUGGCCAAUAUUUACCUUGCUGUCACCUCAAGAAAUAGCAUCUAUUCGGAAAGCAUGUGUAUUUGGCACAUCAGCCAAUGAAGCUAUAUACAUAACGCAUAAUGAUGAGGUAUUUGUUUUUGGACUGAAUUGCAGUAAUUGUCUGGGAACUGGAGAUAAUCAGAGCACAAUAGUACCAAAGAAAUUAGAAGCCUUAUGUGGAAAGAAGAUUUCCAGUCUCAGUUAUGGAAGUGGACCCCAUGUCGUACUUUGCACUGAAGAUGGCGAAGUGUACGCUUGGGGACAUAAUGGUUACAGCCAACUUGGGAAUGGCACAACAAAUCAGGGCAUUACUCCUGUUCAAGUUUGCACAAAUCUGUUAAUAAAGAAAGUGGUGGAAGUAGCUUGUGGCUCUCAUCAUUCCAUGGCGCUGUCAUUUGAUGGAGAUGUAAGUUGAAACCUGUUCAAAUGUCUUCGUCUCCUUGAAGUGAAUGGUGCAGGUGACCUUGCAGUCUGAAGUUCUCCCUUUCUCUACAGUGUAGUUAGAACAUAACCUUUUCUCCUGUUGCCCCAAACUAGGGUGUCCUUUUCUUCAGAGCAGACUUGAAAA